AUGCCAGACCAUCCUGUAGGCUAUGAUCUUGGCAAGAAUCCUGUCGUUGCCAACACAGCGCUUCUUAUCCCCUGCUACAAAUCUGCCGGCCUGAUAGGUGCCACUCUGGAAGCUGCUCUCAAAAUCUUUCCUCCCGCCAACAUCUUCGUCAUAGCUAAUGGCAACAGCCCGACGCCGCUGGAUAACACUGAAGAGGUUUGCCGGCCGUAUGGUGUCAACCAUGUCUGGUCUCCAAUCGGGUCUAAGAUUGUAGCGCAAUUUGUGGGGUGCUAUGCUGCGAAGGGUUUCAAAUAUGUGCUGCUCAUCGACGAUGACUGCGCCUUACCUCCAAACUUCCCAAUUGUUAGUGAUCGCUUGAAGGGCAAGGUCAAGUGCAUCGGAUAUACCAUCAAGUCGGUCGGACCGGAGUCGUCAAAAGGCACGCUUUGUCAACAAGCACAAGACCUCGAAUACAAAAUCUCCGGCCUCCAACGCGCUCUAGCCGGCAUGAUUGGCUCCGCCACCUUUCCCCAUGGUGCUAUCUCUCUGUGGGAUACGCAGUUCCUAAUCAAGACCUUUCACGAGCAUCCCGGCUUCAGCGUCUCCGAGGAUUGGUUCUUCGGCCACGUAGCUCGCAAGCUCGGCUGCCGCAUCAAGAUGUGCACCUCCGUAUUCGUCGAGACGGAAACGCCGAGCGCCGUCUUCUUCAGCAGCGGUGGGAGCCGAGGCGGCUUUGGUGAGAUGACGAUAUUCAAGCAGCGUUUUAUGAGAUGGAACUUCUUCUUCGUAAAUGGGAUGUGGUAUAACAUGGCGUAUAUCAUUGGAAGUUGGAAGCUCGGGUGGUGGGAGUUUGGGGCCAAGUUGUUUGUCUUCCAGGAGGUAUACGAGACGCUGCUUUACCUUCUCACGCCUUUCGUACUUCCAAUAUCCUUCAUCGUCCGUCCGCUAUUCUGUCUGUACCUCCUCCUCGCGACCUUUGGCCUCUACCUGGUCAACGUCACCAUAUUCAACGAGGUCCACCUCCGCCGCAAAAACGAGCGCGUCGGCUUCGUAGCACUCUACAUCUACUACAUGCCCUACAAGAUCGUCCUAACCGCCGUCAACGUUGCAAGCUGCUACUGGUCCCUCUACAAAUACGCCCGCUACUUCGCGCGCCGGCACCCAAAAGUAAUCGAGGACGAAAAGGCCGUCGAGGUGGUGCUUCGGCUGGAAGAAACCGCGCCUGCCCCUGGACCUGAUUCCGCCCUCUCCCCCGUCUCCUCAUCGGAAACAUCACCAGACCAGCCAGGCCGCCGCAUGACCGUUACAGCCGUAAAUAUGCGUCGCAGCACCGCGCACUCGCUGGAAGCCGAGCAGCGGCUCAAUGUAGGCUUGCCUGCCGCGCCGCUGCCAGGGACGGCGGAGAUGGCGAGGGUGGAGAGUCUGAGGGUCGAGGACGCGGCGGUGGAGGCGCAGGAUUUUGCGGCCAAUGUUCAGAAACCUGGUAGAGCGUAUUCUCGCGGUAUGGAAGGAUCGGCGGUGGAGUUGGGGGUGUUCCGCGAGGGGUCGUGGAGGAGAAGGAUGAGUGGGAGAAGGAAGACGAGUGCAGCGAGGAGUUUGGUGUGA